CGUGGACUCCGCCCCCCUCUCAAUGAUGUGGAAACAACACGCAUGGUUCGUGGACGCACACAGACCUCGGAGGAGCGGCCGCGCUCAGAUGAGUGAGGAAAAAUGGAUACUUCUGAAAAAAGGCUGCCACAUCCCAGAGGAAGUGAAGGCAGGGUUUUGUGGAUCGCAUCAGCUGCUGAGCUCCUAAGUUCUCAGAAGAUUCAGUGACAAGAUGCUAGUAAAGUCCUUACUCCUCUGCAGGCUCUAAAUCAUGGGGAACACUGAGAGCCAAAACAGGGAACAUGCCCUCUACAGUACCGGGCGGGGCUAUUUGUCACGAAAGCACAUGUCUCGGUCUCUACGCAUUUCCAACAAACAGUCUAGACGCUCUCGCCAUGCUUCCUCAGGCAAAAUGGAGCACAGAAAUUCUGAGACAAGUACUCGCUCGAGUAGCACGCCUAGCAUCCCACAAUCCCUAGCUGAUAAUGGUUUGGAACCAUUCAACGAAACAAGAAACUUCCCAGACUUUGGAAGUCCCAUUUGGGUGGAUCGUGUGGCCAUGAGUUUGCGCCCUGUGUCCUUUCAUAAUGAUUUGGCCAGUCCCUCAGUGCAUAUGAAUACAAUGCGCAUAACCUUACCUGGUCCUACUGCGGAAGAGACGCAGGAUGAGGAAGUGUACACAAAUGAGGUGAAAUAUAUCCAACAGACUUUAGAGUGCUCCAGAGAGACAGUGAGCUUCAAAAAGAGAUCAAAAUCUGCAGACACCUGGCAAGAUGACAGCCUCGAAUUCUCCCUGUCCGAUGUCAGUCAAGAUAAUUUAACCAGCACUGAAGAGAUUAUCGACAUGGCUAAUGAGAGAGAAUUCCCUGACUGUGAAGGCCACAUGCAGUUCAGCCCGACAGACUCUGCAGACAGGUCAAACUCACUGGAUGAACUGUACAGUAACACAAGCCCAGCCUCCAGGCAGACCCACGGCCGCUAUGCCAAGUGGAACGACACCAACAGGUCUAUGGGAGAAGAGGAGGAUGGUAAGAUGCUGUCACCAUCAGAGGAGGAUGGAACCGCAUAUGGCGCGUACACUCUUCCCUGCCGACGUUCCCACUGCCUGUCUGAAGGCCUGAGUAACCUCCAAGCUACAAUGUGCACGAGUAUGCAGGGCAGGAGGGCAAAGACUAUACAGGAUGUCACGGCCGGGGAUGGCAGCGAAUAUGAAGACAGCGGAAUCGAUGGGGUGAUGUUGGAGGUAGAGCACCAGCCUCGGCGCUACAAGACAAUGUCCGCCUCCUUCUCUGUCUGUUCCAUGCAUGGAAGGAGCGUGCUCGUUGGCAGUGACAGCGGCAGCAGCAGUGGCGGCGGUGCCAGCGAGGGUGUGCAGGGGGUUUACGAGAACUUCCGUCAAGAACUUCAAAUGAGUUCCUGCCAGACGGAGAGCUUGGAGGAAGCUGGCUCCGCCCUGAGCGAUGAGCAGAGCACCAUGAGCUCUGCCUACCAGUCUGAUUUGUUGCUCAGCGUUGUCCAGGGGAUGGUGCGCAAAGCGGGGAAACUUGCUGUUAAGAACUUCCUUGUGCACAAAAAGAACAAGAAAGUUGAAUCUGCCACAAGACGCAAGUGGAAGACUUACUGGGUGUCCUUGAAAGGCUGUACUCUCUUUUUUUAUGACACUGAUGGCCGUUCAGCUAUUGACAACAACAGUAUUCCCAAGCAUGCCAUAUGGGUAGAGAACAGUAUUGUCCAAGCUGUGCCAGAGCAUCCCAAAAAAGACUUUGUGUUCUGCCUCAGCAAUUCUUUGGGUGAUGCUUAUCUCUUCCAGACCUGCAGCCAGACAGAGCUAGAAAACUGGAUCACAGCCAUCCACUCAGCAUGCGCUACUGCUGUUGCUCGCCAGCAUCACAGAGAGGACACCGUUCGGCUGCUCCGUGCUGAAAUCAAGAAACUAGAGCAGAAGAUCGACAUGGAUGAAAAGAUGAAGAAGAUGGGAGAGAUGCAACUGUCAGCUGUCACUGACACCAAGAAGAGGAAGACAAUUCUGGAACAAAUCUUCUUGUGGGAGCAGAACCUGGAGCAGUUUCACAUGGAUCUGUUUCGCUUUAGAUGCUACCUGGCCAGCUUGCAAGGAGGAGAGCUGCCCAACCCUAAGCGCCUCUUGGCCUUCGCCUCUCGCCCCACCAAGCUGACAAUGGGCAGACUGGGCAUAUUUUCGGUCUCUUCCUUCCAUGCACUGGUGGCAGCUCGAACAGAGAGCGGAGUGAGACGCAGAACGCAAGCAAUGUCUCAUUCCUGCAGCAAACGCAAAAGCAGGUUUUCCUCCCUCUGGGGUGUAGACACUACCUCAAAGAAGAAAACGAAAGCCCACCCUACGGUUAGCCAGGUGUUUGCUGAUGAAGAGCCAGAGAAAAAGCCAGUAGAUCGUGUUUUUGUGGAUUCUGUAAAGGAAAACACAAAAUCCGAAGACGGAAGUGUGAAAAGUCUUCCUCGAGCCAAUGUUGACAGUGACAUGUGGGUCCCCGACCACCUCACUCCUUCCUGGGUCUGUCUGCCAAAUGACCAACCUGUGUUAAACACUAUCCAGCCAGGAGACUCUGCACUGUGUGUUCUUGAAUCUAUAUGCAAGACCCAUGAGCUGGACCCAACCAAACACUACUUGAGACUUAAAUUCUUCAUAGAAAACCAAGUGCAAUUCUACAUUCCAAAGCCAGAAGAGGAUAUAUACGACUUGUUGUACAAAGAAAUUGAGCUCUGCUCUAAGAUAACAAAAGUAAUCCAGUUUGACAGAGAUGAAUCCUGUAUGAUUGGUUAUGGGUUUUCUAUCUCAGUGGUGGAGGAGGAUGGAGUUCAACAACUUUACAUCACUGAUGUGAAGGCUGGGGGAUUAGCCUUUGCAAAGGGUCUGAAUGCCGGAGAUGAAAUUCUUCAACUGAAUGGAAAAGACUCUCACAGUCUCAAUUUCUCAGACAUGAAGACUGCAUUCUCUCAAGUGUCUCUAGCUUUGACCGUCAACACUCUGCCUUCUGUGGACCGGCGUCAGCUUUGCUAUCUUCCACCGCGCCGCUCCGAUGCAGCAGAAGACCUUUACACCGAUAUCUUCUCCCAAAGUCAAGAGGAGAUUCUGGAUGAUGGUGUGGGACUGUUGCUGGAGAGCUGUGGAGACAGCCCGGAUGAUGAUUCAGAGAUCUUCAGUGAGCUUGAUGAGUGCAGAAAGCACAGAAAAUGCUCUGCAGACUCCAUCUAUGACAUGCUUCAUCUGAGCACCGAGCAGGUCGCUGCUUUUUGUCGCAGUCUCCAUGACAUGAAUCCGUCAGAGUGCAUGUCCUCUUCGCCGAGCCCGGACUCACCCUUCCCGCCUACCGUGACUCCUCGGCAGCUGUCUGAUGCCGACAAGCUCCGCAAAGUGAUCUGUGAACUAGUGGAGACCGAGCGCACCUAUGUCAAAGAUCUCAAUUGUCUUAUUGGGAGAUAUUUAACCCCGCUGCAGAAAGAGAACUUUCUCACACAGGAUGAGCUGGAUGUUCUGUUUGGUAAUUUACCCGAAAUGGUGGAAUUCCAGGUAGAGUUUCUAAAAACUCUUGAAGAUGGAACCAGAUUAGUUCCAGAUCUGGAGAGACUGGAGAGUGUGGAUCAGUUUAAGAAAAUACUCUUUUCUCUAGGAGGCUCUUUCUUGUACUAUGCAGACCGUUUUAAGAUCUACAGUGCUUUCUGCGCCAGCCACACCAAGGUCCCAAAGGUUCUUGUAAAGGCCAAAACUGACCUUAAUUUCAAGGCCUUUCUUGAUGAGCGAAAUCCCAAGCAGCAGCACUCCUCCACCCUAGAAUCCUAUUUAAUCAAACCCAUCCAGAGGGUGCUAAAAUACCCCCUUCUGUUGAGGGAGCUCUACUCCCUGACUGACCCAGACAGCGAGGAACACUACCAUUUGGAUGUUGCUAUAAAGGCUAUGAACAAGGUUGCCAGCCACAUCAAUGAAAUGCAGAAGAUCCAUGAGGAGUUUGGAGCAGUGUUUGACCAGCUAAUCACUGAGCAGAGCAGUGAAAAGAAAGAGGUGGCUGAUCUAUCGAUGGGCGAUCUGCUGCUCCACAACACAGUGACAUGGAUCAACCCUCCUGUUUCCCUUGGAAAAUGGAAGAAAGAACCACAGAUGGCAACAUUUGUUUUCAAAACAGCUGUGGUCUUUGUAUGCAAAGAAGAGUCUAAGCAGAAGAAGAAAAUUGGUGGUUCCCAUCGAGUUUCUGUUUCCUCAGAAGAAAAAGAUCCUUUUCGAUUCCGUCACAUGAUCCCCACUGAUGCCCUUCAAAUAAGAUCCAUGUCAAACACAGAUGGGGAAAGUUCUGCUAUGUGUGAAGUAGUUCACACAAAAUCCGAGUCAGAGGGAAGACCAGAGAGGACUUUUCACCUGUGCUGCAGCUCUCCGGAGAGCAGAAAGGAAUUCCUGAAGACGUUCCACUCCAUCUUGAGGGAAAAGCACCGCCGACAGCUCUUAAAGACGGAGAGUUUACCCCUGAACCAGCAGUAUGUGCCAUUUGGAGGAAAGCGACUGUGUGCCCUGAAGGGAGCCCGUCCAGCCAUAAAUAGAGCCGCAUCUGCCCCUACUAGGACUCUGGGCAGAAGAAAGCUGGUGCGCAACCGUUUCACCAUAGACACUGACAUUGUUUUUGAUGGGGACCCAGAACAGCAGGACCUCACUUCACCACAGGAAUCAGACUCUGUUCCUCCGCAGCAGAAGGAUGAGCAGUUGGCAGGUGAUACAGACCGCUGGGUAGAGGAGCAGUUUGACCUGGAAGAGUAUGAAGACCAGGAAGAGAUGAAGGAGACAGACAUCCUAAGUGAUGAUGAUGACGAAUUUAGCCAAACACCCAGGGCUCUGUCUGAAGAAGCUGAGCUGGAGAGCCCCCUGAGGGCUUUAUCUCUGGAGGUUUCAGAAACAGACAGUAGGAAGAAUCUGCAGUCCCCAGCUGAGAACAAGGAACCCGAUGAAGAGAAGAUAUCAGACACAGGGAAGAGCUCCAUAACUCACAACUCUGGGAAUCAAGCAGAGAAAGAUGAGGUUUGGGUUCGAAGGGAGCUAUCAGGUUCAUCCUCAGACAGCGCUACAUAAGAGCUGAAAGCGAUGGGAAUCUCUUUAUAUUUCCGCACAAUGAUCACUCAUCACAAACAGUGCAUGAGCAUUGAUAUAUAUCACAGCUAGUAAAAGAAACAGCGCACCCUCCUUCACCUUACUUAUGCUGAAUGCUUAUUUUGUACAGGUAAGAUCAUUUUUAGAGCAAUAAUUAAUUCCAGAAUGGGAGAGCUGUAUCCCAGCUCAGAUGCUGUUUCAUAGCUGUCAAGUGUUUGCUUAGAGAGGUGAAAUAAUGGUACAAUCAUGAGAUGUAAUCACUUGCUUUGAUUGGCAUGGUUUGCACAUUUGGGCUCGUUCUUUGGUCCUGCCUGCUGUUGCCAAAUUUAGGUAUUGUGAGAACAUUAAUAUUUGUUUGGUCUGUGUGACUCAGAGUUAUUAUCAUAGUUAAGGGCUGUAUAUUAUUUGUCCCUAAAGACAUAGAAUAAUCAAUUGCAGACGACAGUCUUGCAUAGUUUACUGUAUAGUUCACAUGAAUAUAAACUGUUGUCAUGAUUUUGCUCGUUUGUUUUAGCUCUCUUGUUACAUUUAAUAACCAAAUGCUAUAAAAGCUGUAAUUUUACUGAAACAAUGGACUUAUUCUUGCUUUUUUAGUUUAACAUUAUCCUGUUUUUACUUGAAUUUGUAUUUGCUGUGUCAUUUUUUUUUACUACUGUGAAACCAUGUUGUGUUUUUACCAAUAUUACUGCCUAAUGAACUGCAGAUCACACACACAAACAUUUCACCGUUCACUUUAUUAUAGAUAAUUUACACUACUUCUUCUGAGUUGUUUGUGUUUCUACAUUCUUUUUAGCAAUGGAUUUCAAAGAAAAUGUUUUAUUUAUUCAUGUGUAAAAUUAUUUUCUAGUCACAAGCAUCAGAAAUAACUUGGAUUUGCUUUUUUGUUGUUGUUUUUUUCCCCCACAGAGUCCAAAGUUGCUAAUGCAAUCAAGGCGAAAGGCUGGUAGGAUAUCUGACCAUUGAACGAAGUCAUGAUUUAAAAAGCUCAUUAUGCUUCUAGGACUUCAUUUUUAUUAUUUGUACAUAUAUAUAUAUAUAUAAUGUAUUGAUAUCAUAAUAAAUACAUUUGUUUCCUACUUCAAAGCAUUCAAAA